UACGCAUAUUCUUUCCGUCGGUAUCUUACAGAACGUUAACAAACUUUCUAUUUCAGCACAACCAUUCACCGACAGCCUUGCCACGGCCGCCAUGUUUGAAAAUUUGCCUUUUACCAGUUAACCGCUGGUCGAUAGACAUCUCAAGUGAUUCGUACUCAGUGCCGCGCGUUUGAAGACACCAGAAACAAAGAAAAUCAAAACAAAGCCGAUAUGAAGGCGGCACAUGGCGAAGAAAUAGAACAGACAUUUUUGCCGGGCAGGACGAAAAAGAGAUUACAAGCAAGCAACAGAAAGUAACGGCGAAAGAAACACCAAGUGACGUACAGUGAGCCUUGCACUGAUCUGAAGAUGCCGCGGACUAGAAGACUGACUAAAGGACAGGGAUCUCAGAGUAUUUUUAAAAGAUUCAAGUACGACGUUGCACAUUCCACUGAUCAAGAAUUAUUGAACAGCCAGCUGAGGAACGCUUUGCGCUCAAGCGCACCACCAACACACAUUCAGAACUUGUUGCUACGCGGUGCAGACGUCAACUGCGUUGAUUCUUUGGAUUACACCCCUCUUCUUCUGGCUCUGACUGCUUCGCCAUCAGAAAACAUGCUGGACACCGUACACCUCCUGUGCGAGUUUGGAGCGAAUGUUAAUUACAGCAACGGCGUGUUCUUUGGUGAAACACCGCUUCAUUUCGCCGCAACGCUUAACGAUUACGCGUUCAUAGAGCUACUGUCUCGUUAUAACGCAAAUGUGCACGCGCGGAAUCACGCGGGAUACACGCCCUUGCACGUGGCGGCGCAAAGUGGUAACGAAGCUAGUGCAACCGCGCUUUUUCUCUGCGGGGCGGACUUAAACGUUCAAGAGACUUACUGUGGGUAUACUCCUCUACACUUGGCCGUGAUUGGCCAGUUUGAACACGUUGUCAGGGCAACGGUGUCACUUGGUGCGAGGAUUAGCCAAUCGGAUAACUGCGGUUUAACUGCCAUUGACAGGUGUAACUCAAGAGAAAUCCGGGAAUUUUUAGUAGGUGCUCUUCAUCCGGAGAUGUCGAGUCUCCAGUCCGUGUGUCUUUCGAUUGUAAGAGAAAAAACAAGAAAAUCUUCUGGAGUAUGUGGCUUUGACGAUCUACCUCUUCCCUUUACAAUGAAAAGAAGAUUGAAACUUCAGAAUGGUUUAGCAGCAUGUUGAAGGCUACCUAUAGCAAUUUUGUGAUUAGAACUAAAUUUAUUUCCUUUGAUCAGGAGGAUGAAAAAUUAACAUUUUAUCUCCUGGGUUACCUUCAAAUACAGACUUAAUUUUUUUUUUUUUUUUUUUUACUGUUUUAAAGGUUCUUAUAAACUUUAAUCUAUUCCCUUCUUAUUAGUGUUUAACUACGGGCGAGAAAAGUAUGCUGGCAGCUUGAAGCUACAGGUUGUAUGCCGAUCAAACGAAAAUAAUUUUAUUUAUCAUUUUACAGAAUUAUUUAUUACUUUCUGCUAUUACUGUACAGUAAUUUAUUACGAUGCAUACGUGGAAUCAUUUAUAAAGAUACAAAUCAUAUUUAUUAACUUUUUGAAUGUUCUAAUAAAUUGUAAUUUCACUGCUACAAGAAUGGGAUCAAAUGAAAACUAAAUAAAUUUUGAUCUAUUUUGUUUCCAGUAAAAACUGAAUUUCUAGAUUUGUCAAGGUUUCCAUGUAAAGCCAAAAAUAGAGAGAUCGUCCAACCCCUGGUGGUCACAAAGUAAAAUUUUCCUCGCACCGGCUUCCAUGAAAAUCCAACAUCUCUCUAAAAGCUUAGUCACGCACGCCUUCGGGGGUCUAUCCCAACCUCUUCCCCAGGGCCUUCUUCUCGACGAUUUUUCUCAAAACCAGCUGCUGUUGCCGGCCCAAAUGGGGAAGGGACAGGGGAGGCGAAAAGCGAGAAAGAAGGGGAUUGAAUCUCCCGUCCACCAAUGCCCGCUAUGCCUUCCCGUCUCCCCCGUUUACUCCUUCUGUGCUGACCUGCGAUCAGGCGUUCCUUUUCAUCUUCGACCGGAAAAAAGAACGUCUGUUCGCAGGUUACUCUUACUUCGACCAGACGGACGAUGGAUCAGAAACCCUCCCUGGAGACCGGAGUUUGGGGGGG